AUGGUUGACAAGAUGGCUAAUUGGGAGAACGGGUUGAUGGCGGAAGAGCUCAUGAAAAACACCAACCUACCCUUCACGGAUCGGGUUAUCAACUUCCCCUUGCCUCACAAGUUCAAGAUGCCUCAUAUAGAUAAAUAUGACGGCAAUGGAGACCCUACAGAGCAUAUGGAGAGUCUUCGAGCACAUUUCAUCCUCCACGGAACCCCAGAUGAGAUCUCAUGCCGGGCGUUUCCAUUAACUUUGGUAGGAGUAGCCAAAGAGUGGUUUGCAAGACUCCCUCUCAAGUUUGUGGAUAACUUUAAAUCCUUGGGAUGCCUCUUUUUAUGCCAAUUCUUAGCCACCCGAAAAAGGAAGAAGAACCCCACUUACCUGCUUUCUCUUAUUCAAGGGAAGGAUGAGUCUCUAAAGGACUUCACGCUUAGGUUCAAUAAGGAGAAGUUAACAGUGAAGAACCCGAGUGAACAAAUGAUACUCAACGCUCUAAUGCAUGGAGCGGAAGAGUACAUCAAUCAGGAGGAGACUGUUGGGGCCUUGAUAAAGUCCCAAGAGAAGGCUACUCGGCAAGAUGGGGGUGCUGCGAAGGUAGCACCAGUAAGCUCUAGAAAAAAGCAGGAGAAAAACCCAAAGCAGCAGGAGAAGAAAACCCUCAAACCGAAGAACGACUCUCAACGAAAACUUAGCAAGUUCACCCCAUUGAACACUAGUAUGACCGAGGUGUUGAUGGAGAUCAAAAGAGAUCCUACCUUCAGAUGGCCAACAAAACUGAAAGAUCCCCUGUCAAAGCGAGACCAUACCAAGUUUUGCCAGUAUCAUAAUGAAGUGGGCCACCUGACUGAGGAGUGUGUAUCUCUGGACCAGGAGAUAGAAGCGUUCAUCAAGAAUGGUAGAUUGGGGAAGCUCCUGGCAGGCGAGAGGAAUAGAGGAAGGAAUCCUCAACAGCCCUUGUUACUUGAGGGAAACCGGGAAGCUAUCAGAGGCAAAGGCAAGAUAACAAUCUGA